CUAACAACAACAACAUUAUAAAAAGACCCUUCUCAAAGAGAACAUCGUGUUGCUCGUGAUCCGUUACAAACGUUCCCCAAUAAAAUCGAACCAUGUCUGGCCGUGGAAAGGGAGGAAAGGUAAAGGGAAAGGCAAAGUCCCGCUCCAACCGUGCCGGUCUUCAGUUCCCCGUUGGCCGUAUUCAUCGUCUCCUGCGCAAGGGUAACUAUGCCGAGCGCGUCGGUGCCGGAGCGCCCGUGUAUCUGGCAGCCGUCAUGGAAUACUUGGCCGCUGAAGUGCUUGAGUUGGCCGGAAACGCUGCCCGUGACAACAAGAAGACGCGCAUCAUCCCGCGUCAUCUGCAGCUGGCCAUCCGCAACGACGAGGAGUUGAACAAGCUGCUGUCCGGAGUAACCAUCGCUCAGGGUGGUGUGCUGCCCAACAUUCAGGCCGUGCUGCUGCCCAAGAAGACCGAAAAGAAGGCUUAAACUGUGUAACAAAGCUUCCUUCAUCUCAAACCCAAAACCGU